CUUUGGUGACACUAGCGGAACUUGCCAUGGAAACCGAGAGGUGACCGCGGAAUAUCUACAGCUGUGAGUGACCGAACAGGGUGAGAAUACAUACAGUGCACUUUUUAAUGUGGUUAAUUUAAAGGAACGGGAAUCCUCUCUAUCAACUGCAACAAUGGCAUCAGACCGGGAUUAUAAACACCUAAACGAAAAUGAAUCAGAGGAUAGUAACCCCAAGCAAGAUCAAUCUGUUUCCUGCAGUGGAAGCAGCAUUGAUCCUGUGGUAGAAGGAGAACCAUUUACCAGCUACUUUGAUGAGAAGAUACCAAUCCCUGAAGAUGAGGUGUACACUUGUUUCAGUUUCCGUAAACUAUGGGCCUUCACAGGACCUGGCUUCUUAAUGAGCAUUGCCUACCUGGAUCCUGGAAACAUAGAAUCUGACUUGCAGUCUGGAUCUGUUGCUAAAUUUAAACUUUUGUGGGUUCUUCUCCUUGCCACCAUCAUUGGGCUCCUCUUGCAACGUCUAGCAGCUCGGCUAGGAGUGGUGACCGGCCUUCAUUUAGCUGAAGUAUGCAACAGACAGUACCCAAAGGUGCCUCGUAUUAUUCUUUGGCUAAUGGUGGAAUUGGCCAUAAUUGGGUCUGAUAUGCAAGAAGUCAUUGGUUCAGCAAUUGCCAUCAAUCUUUUGUCCGCUGGAGUAGUUCCUUUAUGGGCAGGAGUUUUGAUUACUAUCGUAGAUACAUUUUUCUUCCUCUUUUUGGACAAGUACGGAUUACGGAAACUUGAAUUGUUUUUUGGUUUUCUUAUUACACUCAUGGCUGUUACCUUUGGGUAUGAGUACAUUACAGUAAGCCCUGAUCAAGGACAGCUGCUGAAGGGCAUGUUUUUUCCAUACUGUGAAGGAUGUGGAACCCCACAGCUGGAGCAAGCAGUAGGGAUUGUGGGAGCUGUGAUUAUGCCACACAAUAUGUACCUGCAUUCAGCGUUGGUUAAGUCCAGGGAGGUCAAUCGCGCCAACAAGAAAGAAGUGAGGGAGGCAAAUAAGUAUUUCUUCAUCGAGUCCAGUAUAGCGCUUUUUAUAUCUUUCCUCAUCAAUGUCUUUGUUGUUGCUGUGUUUGCAGAAGCCUUCUUUGGAAAGACCAAUGUAGAAGUGUUACAAGAAUGCAUGAACAAGACAGAUCAAAGUAGAUUGUUUCCAAACAACACCGAAUCUUUGGAAGUUGAUAUUUACAAAGGAGGAGUGGUUCUGGGAUGUUAUUUCGGGCCUGCAGCUCUCUACAUCUGGGCAAUUGGUAUUCUAGCAGCAGGACAGAGCUCUACAAUGACUGGCACCUAUUCGGGUCAGUUUGUCAUGGAGGGUUUUCUGAAUCUGAAGUGGUCACGCUUUGCUCGUGUGGUCCUGACACGAACUAUUGCCAUCACUCCCACACUGCUAGUGGCCAUUUUUCAGGAUGUUGAACGUCUUACAGGGAUGAAUGAUUUCCUCAACGUGCUUCAGAGUUUGCAGCUUCCUUUUGCUCUGAUACCGAUUCUAACAUUCACCAGUCUUCCGUCUGUGAUGAGUGAAUUUGCAAAUGGCUUAGGCUGGAAGAUCGCCGGAAGCGUCCUUAUACUUAUCGUUUGCGCCAUAAACAUGUACUUUGUGGUAGUAUACGUUUCUGCUCUAGGACAUUUGGCACUUUAUAUUGGAGCCGGGAUUUUAUCAGUUGUCUACUUAUGUUUUGUAUCAUACUUGGCUUGGCAAUGCUUGGUUGCCCUGGGAGUUUCGUUCCUCGAGUGCGGCCAGACGGUAAGCAUCCAUCAAAUAAUGCUUACAGAAGAUCAUCCUGAGUCUCCUAUUAAUAGCUAAGAGAACAAAGUCUUUCUCGGUAUGGCAAGUAGCCAUCAGAGCCAGUGUGUUUCUAUGGUUUACUGUGUGAACAUGACAAAAAUGUAUGUGCAAUUUGCACAGCGGAUACUGCUUUUUUGUAUAAAUUUAUUGGCAUGUA